CACUUCUUGGACAGCUUUUUGACUUAUAGGAGCCUCAGUACAAAUUGGUAAAACACUGUCUACUUAUCUGAGGCCAGCGAGUAGUGACCUUGAGCAUUUUCUUUGUGAAGUACUAUUAUAUAUCAUCCACCAUGGCAUCAAUGACAUCAUCCAGCCGCCGGUCCACCUCUUCAUCCUACUGCUCAUCAGCCUGUUACAGCACCUCCAGCUCUUAUCGAUCCAAUGGCUCACUGGGGGGUUCAUCUGACUCUCAAGAACCCCUUUAUGAACCUUUUGUCAACACAGCUGUUCCUUCUUAUCUGUUUGAAGAAGAUGGUACCGGAGGGUCCAGGUCCAGUUGUUUGGCCUCUUUCAGCCCACACGCCAGAUCUUCCUUUGGACUCUCUGGGCCUGUGGAUGGCGCUCAGGUGGUGUGUCACAAAAGUACAGGUGGGGUGAGCCUGCUGGGAGACAGGUACUACGUGUCAGCCGACGUCAGCCAGUUUCAGCCGCACGAUAUCGCUGUGAUGGCCUACAACCAGCACGUUGUCAUUCACGCCGAGAAGGUGAUGGACGAUGGAAGCGUCAGUGAUACAUUUACACAUCAGUCUCUCUUCCCGGAGGAUAUGGAUCCCCUGUCUGUCUGUGGGACCUUUAGAUCUGAUGGUAUCCUGGUGGUUAGCGUUCGUCGGAUGCCCACACUGGGGGGGCUGGAUUGUCCUUGUAGCUCGCAGUGAAGAUGACCUUUGACCUUGUAGCCUCACAUGAUGUAUCAGAAACUGUUUGUUGGCAAACAUAUAGUAACAUAGUGUCAUGGAGCCUUGGUGGUCAUCAAACCUAGGUGUCUGAAAUGAAAGAA